CGCGGGGAGGGGGCGAGCACCGGCCCCGCCACCUGCCCGCGCCCCGCCGCGCCCUAGCGCCCCCCUCCCCCCCACACGCCCUGGGAAGCCGAGGGGGUCCCCGUAGCCCUGUGCCCCCCCCUACCCCCCCGCCCUUCCACUCGCCCUCCCUCCCCACCUGCCCGGGCUCCGCCGCCGCCCCGCCGAGCCCUCCCUCGGGCCUUUGUCCUGCCGCGAGGCCUUGCAGCUGCCGCCGGCCUGCGCGAACCCAGGCCGCGCCAGGUUUCUUACGCGAGGCCGGGGAUCCGCGGCCUAACCAUCCCUUCUUGCUCCCCCACACCCGCCCCGUCUCCCUCCCCGCCCUGGAGCCGGCGAGGGGCUAGCCCCCACCUUCUCCCCCCCACACCCCUCGCUGCCGCCGCCCCCACCUCCCCUCCGCCCUUCAUCCCCCGCGUGGAGCCCGUGUGCCCAGAGCGGCGGCAGCGCCUGGCUCACUAGAGGCCGCGGAGCCGCCCCUGGCCUCCCCCUCCCGCCCGUGCCGCCGCUGCCGCCGCCGCAGCAGGUUCCCUCCCUCCCUCCUCCUCCUACUCCUCCUGCCCCCGGCGGCGGCGGGAUCCGAGCGGUGCCCGGGGAGCGCUCGGCCCGGGCAGGAGGGGAGAGGAGCGGCGGGGCGGCGGCAGGAGCAGCAGCGGCGGUAGCGCCAGCAGCAGAAAUGAUGGAAGAAUUGCAUAGCCUGGACCCACGAAGGCAGGAGCUGCUGGAGGCCAGGUUCACCGGAGUCGGGGUUGCUAAGGUUGGUGCUUCAAAUUCCCUCCCUACCCCCCCAAGUCUCCGUCCGUCAUGCUCCGCACUGGCAUUGGGUCCACUAAAUAGUGAGUCUUCCAACCAGAGCUUGUGCAGCGUGGGUUCUCUGAGUGAUAAGGAAUUGGAGACUCCUGAGAAAAAACAGAAUGACCAGCGGAAUAGGAAAAGGAAAGCAGAAGCUUAUGAGACCAGCCAAGGAAAAGGCACUCCUAGAGGACAUAAAAUUAGUGAUUAUUUUGAGUUUGCUGGGGGAAGUGGCCCAGGAACCAGUCCCGGCAGAAGUGUGCCGCCCGUCGCCAGGUCCUCACCGCAGCACUCUCUAUCCAACCCCUUGCCGCGGCGAGUGGAGCAGCCGCUGUACGGGGUAGACGGCAGCACAGCCAAGGAGGCGCAGGAGGAACACUCUGCUCUGCCAACCCUGAUGUCGGUGAUGCUGGCGAAGCAGCGGCUAGAGAAUGAGCAGCUGGCCCAGAGGGGAGGUGGCCUCUGCUUUACUUUUGUCUCGGCCCAGCAAGGCAGCCCAUCUUCUACUGGAUCAGGGAACACUGAGCAUUCCUGCACUUCCCAAAAACAGAUUUCCAUCCAGCACAAACAGUCCCAGUCUGACCUCACAAUGGAAAAAAUAUCUGCACUAGAAAACAGUAAGAACUCUGACUUGGAGAAGAAGGAGGGGAGGAUAGAUGACUUAUUAAGAGCCAACUGCGAUUUGAGGCGGCAGAUAGAUGAGCAGCAGAAGAUGCUGGAGAAGUACAAGGAGCGGUUGAAUAGAUGUGUAACAAUGAGCAAGAAGCUUCUCAUAGAAAAGUCAAAGCAGGAGAAGAUGGCAUGCCGAGACAAGAGCAUGCAGGAUCGCUUGAGGCUGGGGCACUUCACCACCGUGCGGCACGGAGCCUCUUUCACCGAGCAGUGGACGGAUGGCUACGCCUUCCAGAACCUCAUCAAGCAACAGGAAAGGAUAAAUUCCCAGAGGGAAGAAAUAGAAAGACAAAGAAAGAUGUUAGCAAAACGGAAGCCACCUGCAAUGGGCCAGACCCCUCCAGCCAGCAACGAGCAGAAGCAGCGCAAGAACAAGACCAACGGAGCAGAAAACGAAACGUUAACGUUAGCAGAGUACCACGAACAGGAAGAAAUCUUCAAACUCCGACUAGGUCAUCUUAAAAAGGAAGAAGCAGAGAUCCAGGCGGAGUUGGAACGGCUAGAGAGGGUUAGAAAUCUACAUAUCAGGGAAUUGAAAAGGAUACACAAUGAAGAUAACUCACAAUUUAAAGACCAUCCAACGCUAAAUGAUAGAUAUUUGUUGCUACAUCUUCUGGGUAGAGGUGGCUUCAGUGAAGUAUAUAAGGCAUUUGAUUUAACAGAACAGAGAUACGUAGCUGUGAAAAUCCACCAGUUAAAUAAAAACUGGAGAGAUGAGAAGAAAGAAAACUAUCACAAACAUGCGUGUAGAGAGUACAGAAUUCACAAAGAACUGGAUCACCCUCGAAUAGUGAAGCUUUACGACUACUUCUCGCUGGAUACUGACUCGUUUUGUACAGUGUUAGAAUACUGUGAGGGGAAUGAUCUGGACUUCUACCUGAAACAGCACAAGUUGAUGUCAGAGAAAGAGGCACGAUCCAUUAUCAUGCAGAUUGUGAAUGCUUUAAAAUACUUAAAUGAAAUCAAACCUCCCAUCAUACACUAUGACCUUAAACCAGGUAACAUUCUUCUAGUCAAUGGUACUGCAUGUGGAGAGAUAAAAAUCACAGAUUUUGGGCUUUCCAAAAUCAUGGAUGAUGACAGCUACAACUCUGUUGAUGGCAUGGAACUGACAUCGCAGGGGGCUGGUACUUACUGGUAUUUGCCACCAGAAUGUUUUGUGGUUGGGAAGGAACCUCCAAAGAUUUCAAAUAAAGUGGAUGUCUGGUCAGUGGGAGUCAUCUUCUAUCAGUGUCUCUAUGGCAGAAAGCCCUUUGGUCACAACCAGUCACAACAAGAUAUCCUGCAGGAGAACACAAUCCUGAAAGCUACCGAGGUGCAGUUCCCUCCAAAGCCAGUAGUCACACCAGAAGCGAAGGCAUUCAUCAGACGUUGCUUGGCCUACCGAAAGGAGGACCGGAUAGACGUCCAGCAGCUGGCCUGUGACCCCUACUUGCUGCCUCACAUCCGCAAAUCCGUAUCCACCAGCAGCCCAGCUGGAGCUGCCAUCGCAUCGACCUCCGGCUCAUCCAAUAACAGCUCUUCAAACUGAGACACAGAAAUAGGCCAAAAAAACAAACAAAACCCCACAAAAAAAAAACAACACCCAAACAAAACAAAACCACAAACAAAACUGCUCGAGAAACCGGCGAGAAGACUUUCGGGGGGGGGCGACAGCUUUGGAGUGGAGGAAUCCGCAAGGGGCUCAAGAAACCUGUCCCAGGUGCUUUUUAUUUCUCUUGCUUUCUUUUCCAUCCAUAGAGCAUGACAACAUCAACCCAUCAAGGAAAAAAAAAAAACCCAAACCCUUCAGCAUCUAGGCCAAGGAGAUGGCUUGAGGGUGACCAGAAGGAGGAAGGGGGUGGCUGCUCUCAAGCAAAAAGGGGGAAAACUCAAUGAAAGAACAGAACCAUCCAGACCUAGUUCCAUGUACUGUGAACUCCUCAACGUGCAGCAGCCUUGGGGGAACCCAGGACGCUGUUGUGUGCUUCGUAUGAAGAAUGUGGACUUUGGAAACAGAAACAAACAAAAAAGAGACUGGGCUAGCCCAGUGUUGAUAUUUAAACAUUGUUCUCUUUUUUUUUUUUGGUGGUUUUUUUUUGGUUGUUUUUCUUUUUUUUUCUUUCUUUUUUUGUUUUUUUUUUUUUUUUUUGUCUUUUAAUAAACUUUAGGUAACAUCUCCUGAAAAAAAGCUCUGAAGCACCAAGGUUCAGCUGGGGAUGAUAUGUGACUCUUUACCCUUUUGGAGGGGGGAAAAAAAAAGUUGAUCCUGCCUGUUCAUGGCACUAGAGUUAGUGUUUUGCUCCCUAAUUCAUUUCAGGUUGGUUUUUGUUUGGUUUGUUUUUUUUAUUUUAAAUAACAAAAUUCUCUCUCUUUUUUUUUUUCCUCCUUUUUUUUUUUUUCUUGGAAGAAAACAGUUUUCUGGUCUCAAAAGUGAAACCCUUCUUAGCAGGUUGAUAGCUGUGGAUGGUCCAACUCUCUGCUCCCUCAGGGGUGUGGCCUCUGAUGAAUAAUUCACCUCAGGAGGGUGGUGAAACCCGCAGGAGAAGAGACCUUUGUGGAUCUCCUGUGAUCACAGCUUAAACCACCAGAAGGUUUUCAGCUGCUGCUUCACAGCUCUCACAACGGUUGCUCCUUUAUGAAUUGAUCCUGUUCUUUUUGGAAAGGCCUCCCUGGCACGUUCAGGACAUGCUCUCUCUGCUCUCCUGAGCGUUGAAAAGCAGGCAGCCAAGGGGAAGGAAUGGGAGCACAGCUCAGUGGGUCCCAGCUCAGCGGAUCGCAGGUGUGGUCCGUGCUCACCCUGACCUGUACAGCUCUUGUUCAUGUUACAGAAACCCAAAGCUGAAGGUUUGUCUGCUCCCCUCAGCUGGGGGCUUGGCAGCAAAGCUUCCUCUCUCCCUUAACACUUCACUGCUAAAACUUGCUGACUCCUAACUUGCUGCCAUUGCUGCAUCCACCUGCAGAUGAGAGGGAGUGGGAUAAUGGUCAGGAGGGGAGCAGCCACCCUAGUUAUUGCCUCCCUCCUGCAAUCUGCCUGGAGGGGUCUUACACCUUCAGCUGGAGCCUGCCUGCUGUGAAACACAAACCUCUUGUCCUCGCUCUGCCCCCUUAUCCCUCCCCCAAAACUCAGAAGGAAAACUGAAAACCCAAAAAGCACAGCACUUGAACAUGUGGCAGCCAGGUUGAAGCUCUCCUAACAUGUGGCAGGAGCUCAUAGCCAGAACUAUUUAAAGAUGCAGUGUUCAGGAGCAGGGUUUGCCUCAGAAAGGGGCUGAGUUGGGGCACUGCUGUGGUUCAGGGUAGGGGUUAAAACCAAACUGCCCAGUGCACGCCUCCCAGCCUGCUACCCAGACCUCUGUGGCACCUCCAGGACUGUACCCACACACCAGCAGUGUGUGGGCUCUUCAGGGCACUCGGUACCCAAACGGUGGUCUCGUGGCAGGUGAUGUUCUCCACCAUGCACUCUUGGAGAGCACCACCACUUUUCUGCCUUAUGUAAGCCAUCCUCUGCAAAUACUACACUUAAACCUGAUCAGGAGCUUUUAGUUACCUGGAAAAUGGAGGAAUCAGUAGAAAUGAGGCAACAGAGUUGGGAAGUGGAGAACUCUGUUGCUUUGCUUUUUGUUACUGGCUUUGUAGUGACUCUUUGGCUUUUAAUUGGAUGUGUUCACUUGCAGCUGGGUUAAGCUGGUCCCUAAUCUGGAGUGGUUCACACCAAGCAAAGAAAUACUGCAUCUUUAAAUCCUCAGCCAUCGUUUCUUAGGCCCUGCUGCUCUAUUCCAGAAGUUAACUGUUUAGCAAGCAGCACUUGGACGUCUCUCCAGCCUCUGUCAGGUGAAAUCAGGGCUGCUGCUUCCCCCCAUUGGCUGAUUCGGUGUCUGUCCACGUCAGGGAGAAUUCUAGAAGGGUUGUUUCUGUCCCGGCCCCGUUGUUUCUCGGCCAUACAGUGUGUGCUAUCUCUGUGGGUGUGAUUAGUUGUGUGUCAGAUGCAUUUAUUCCUGCUGUGCAACACCCAUCCAAGGGGCCCGGGCACAGCGUUGGCCUUCCUGGGGCUGACAGCAGUGAAGAACCCUGGUAGAAUUCUGGCUGUGACACCUCCCCUGUUAACAUGGGUUUCACUUCCAGUAACAGCCCCUAUUGCCACACUGUUCAUUUACUUAAAGAGAAGUGUAUGAAGAAUUUGUAACUUAAACCAGGCCAGACUGUUUUGGCUCUACCCAACAGAUGAGACAUGGAUAUUAAAAUAAGUUUUAAGAAACUGA